GGGAGAGCUUGGAGUCUGGCGAAUUGGGUUCGAUUUUCCGAAUUCUCUGAAGGCAGCUCCCUCGCCGGAUUCAUGGACAAGUGGCCGGGACAGGGGCAAGUGCCUGGGCCUCAGUUUUCUGCCUCUGUAGCGCUACCUCACAGGCUUUUGUGAGCACUCCUUGAGGUGACGCGGGUCGCGGCCCGUGUGGGGCCCGCGGGCAGUCACUCUUUGUGCGGGGCGCCGGAGGGAGGGAGCCAGGCCCGGGCCGCAGGCUGACCCUGCUGCGGCCUGAAGGAGUCCCGGACGGUGGCCUGGGUGGGGCCUUCGCGGCCUUCAAACUCAGGGGCUGCUCCUUCUUGGAACAUUGAUUUCUCCACCUCUGCCUCCCCAGUCUUUUGCUUGACCAAACUCUCCGUGGCCGCCAGAUCCCUGACUUGGUAACCAUGUGUGACCGAAAGGCCGUGAUCAAAAACGCCGACAUGUCGGAGGAGAUGCAACAGGACUCGGUGGAGUGUGCAACUCAGGCGUUGGAGAAAUAUAACAUAGAGAAGGACAUUGCGGCCCAUAUUAAAAAGGAGUUUGACAAGAAGUACAACCCCACCUGGCACUGCAUCGUGGGGAGGAACUUCGGUAGUUACGUGACACAUGAAACCAAACACUUCAUCUACUUCUACCUGGGCCAAGUGGCCAUUCUUCUGUUCAAAUCUGGUUAAACGCAUGGACUGUGUCACACACCCAGUGAUCCAUCCAAAACCAAGGACUGCAGCCUAAAUUCCAAAUACCAGAGACUGAAAUCUUCAGCCUUGCCUAGGGGAACACCUCGAUCUUUGAACCUUUAUUGUGUUGUUUUGUGCAGGGUAUUCUCUGUACAAAUUUGUUGUGGUUAUAAAACAAUUAGCAAAACAGCUUACAUUUGUAUUUAUUUUCUAUUCCAUACCUCUGCCCCAUGUUUUUUCUCCUCAAAAUCCAUUCCUUUCAAAUAAAUCUGUUGGAGAAGUGUGUGUUAGUUACGAUUUGUUCAAAUCUAGGGUUGAAAAUGGCCUAUUACUUGAUAGGUUAUUGGGGGUCAGGCCUUGAAGUGAGUUUCUGUGGGAUGUAAUAGACUAGCCUAUUCAUAGUGCUCUUGAGUCUUUGAUCUGUCCCAUCCUGCAGCUGUCGUGCAUGGAAGACUACUGCUCAGAAGUGCAUGUUGAGAAAUGCAUGGUGGAGAAACUUUUCGGUUAAAUCUCGGUACUAAUCUGAAAAAUAACUAUCCUUAAGUGCUCAUUUUGUUAAAAGAUGCUGUUCUGGACUUGGGGCCUCAGGUGGUGGUGAUGAAUGUGUAGAACUUUAUCAAAGUUCUCUUUGGUUGUAAAAUAGGCCAAUAACAAAGUUGCACUAAUGAGAAAUUGCUGGGCUAGUCUAGGCCAUCUGCCCCUGCCCCCUUUUCCUGCCCUGUCCCAAAAGGACACUCAAAGAUUAAAAGUGGUUUUAAAAGGGAAAAUGAAAGUUUUUGAGCAGCAGCCCUCCAUGUGAUUCCAAUAAAGUCUUUGCAGGAAUUUAAA